AUGUCUACAGCUCCAUACUGGGGGCAGCUUCCUCCCCCAAAGGUCACUCGAGGAAACUCUCUCAAGCGCGAACGAGAUUCGAAUAUGGCAGGAGGCCACGACCUCCAUAUUGAUACUGGUGUAAAACCGGAGCGAUUGUCCGGUCAGUCUCGACUUAAUCGAAGCUCCAUCCAAACCGAAGCUGCCACAAUAUCUACCCAAAGCCCAUUUGCCUCGCCCACAGCAUCUAGCUUCCGCGGUGACGGAUUGGCACCUCGGCCUCCCUCCUUCCCUUAUAGUGCAGCUGCGACAUCCUACAACGACGAUUAUCUGGACAAGAGAAGGCGGCGGGAGAGCAAGCAUAAGGACGAUUAUUACGAAGAAGAUUCAUCUGCACCUCCGCCAGCAGCACCAGAUGUGCCACGCUCUGCUCCUCCUGUGAGCUAUAAACAACCAUUCAGCAACGGGGCUUCCUCAUCUAAUCACCAAACUCCGAACCGAACAACGUCUAGAAUAAGAUCUGAAGGACCGAUCAGUCCAAGUCAAGACGUACCAGAAGAAUACUAUCGCUCACACCCCCGAGAGGAUAAUUCAUCGGUCGACGCUACUACUUCAAGAAGGCCAAGCAACGGCAAAGCUGCCGUACGAUCUGGGGACGACGAAUUUAGUACCCGCAGAGCUUCGCGCGCCCAGACGUCAAAUCAAAGGAGAAAAGGAUCAACUUCAGAAGCAGGUGCACGAGACAGAGAGUGGGCACCGGACAAAUCUCCUUUACAGAGGUUAGAGCUGACGCUUGACGGCAUCACGAAAGAGGAAAAAAGAGCUCGUGUUGAAGAGGCGGAACUACUGGCGAGAGAAGCUAAAGCUGGACGAGGAGGAGAGAGAGUUGGAAAUCAAAACUCUGUACGCUUCAGAAAUCGACCUGUGGCGAAAGGGGAACCUGGUGUAAAGCCUGAGCCGCAAACGUUACCAGAAGCUGGGCUGGUACGGAAUUUGAGUGUCAAACAAAAGGAUCAAUUGCAGCGUAGUGGAACGAUUGAAAAAGAGCGACCCGUUCCGUCUAAUGCCCCCAAAACAUCGGCUCGAGAUUUUGACUAUCAACGGAAGCAAGAUUCUAUUGAUCUCGGACCAAAACAAGACAAAGCGACCACUCCUCGGCGAGGAUCAAGUGUUCGUGAUCGAUCUUACAUCCCAGUAGCAGCUGGUGCAGCUGGGGCUGCAGUUACUUCUAAACUUGGCCGAAGUGGCAGUAAUAAACUCCAAAAGGAGCCGCCAGGAGACCCGUGGAUGCGUCUAAGGAUGGAGGCUGAAGGACUUACUCAUCCAAGACCGUCUACCAACAUUUCGGAACCAAACGAUGCAGGUCCUUCAAGAGAUACGGCAUUUCGUAGCCAUCCUCAGCCGGCCAUGGACAAAGAGCUUCCAAUCCUGCCAACAGAAGCAAACAGACCUUCUGACUAUCUGGAUUCGGAUUCUGCAGAGGAAACAGCUAUAAAGCCUGUGCGACGAGAAACCUUAAACAAGGCAGAGCGAUUGACGGGCCAGACGCUCCCGGCUCAAGUGUCGAGAUCCAUCCAACCAGCCAGGCCUGAGGUUAAAAUAAAUGGGGCCAAAUACGGCGUUGACACCGAGGUUCCUGCACCCCAAGGCUCAACCCAUCGUGAAGUUCAUUACUUGCCGGACUUAUUCCAUCGAAGGCAUGAUAGUGAUCCUGGGCAAGGAGUCUACGUUCCCUCUGGACGCCUUGAUGAAUGGAAAACGGGCGGUGUCGCUUUGCUAUCAGGGUCUCUGCUGGAUCUUGAAGCCGAAGAACAGGUCGAGAUAGAAAAGGACAAGGCGUGGUGGGAAGCCGGGCAUACUGGCAAGCGUCGCCGGAGCUCAACAACAAGGCAACGCAAAGCCGAAGCUUACGACGGCGAGUAUGAUGACAGCAAUGGUAAGGAUCUUCAAAUUUCUCAUUCGACGCUAGAAGGUGGGGGUCGUAUUUCCAGGACUACGCAAGAUACCACCACACCCGACGUGAGCAGGCCACUGCAACCCUUCAGUGUUAGAUCGUGGAUUGUUACAACUUUGUUUCCUUUGAGCUUUUCUAUAAUUUCCAAUAUAAGUAGAGCUAAUAAGCCUGCUAAAUCUUCUAAAUCCAAACCUCAUUUGCUAACUUGUCCGACGCGGGCUAUCCGCGUUCGUCCUGAUAUAGUUCCAACUAGAUUUAAACCACCACUGUUUCUCAAAAGCGGGCCGUUGUUAAGAUAUUGUGGGCUGCGCCGAGAGAAAUUGGCGGGUAGAUUGCAACGCACUACUGGUAAAGAAGAGCGUGAAGUAUGGAGAGGUAGUAUCAUGAUAGUCACUCAAGACGAUCAUUCUUCUUACGAACUCGCACCGACUCUACGACUAUUUCUCCAACCAACAGAUUUGCUUCCCCCUCCGCCUGCGCAAGUGGGUGGCGAGGAAUUGGCUUCGGAAUAUGUUGAUCCUAUCGCAGGCCUUCCAAAGAUCGGACGGGAUGGUAGAACUCUUUACAUUCGACCAGUUGAGCAUUUAGAAGAAGAGAAAGACCUUUCGAGAGAAGAGUCGGAUGAAGGCCUGUUUGAGAUGCAUAGAAGUCCUCUCGAUGGAGCAAGUGAACGAAGAUCCCCCAAGCCUCACUAUGACGGAGAAAAAGCUGGCAAAUACAAGGAAGUCAGAGGCUUCCGGCUCCACACUGAGCAUGGUGUGACUUUCUGGAGGUUCAACAUCGAGAUUGAGCUACGAGAAAACCAACAAAGAAUCGCCUACCGCAUUAAUCGUGGCCCUGCAUCUGGAUUCUGGGUUCCUCCUCACGGCCAACCGAUGAAUAUUAUGUUUCAAAGCUGCAAUGGGUUCAGCUCAGAUGUCAACCCCAACGAUUUUUGUGGGCCAGAUCCAAUGUGGCGAGAUGUGUUAAACACCCAUCAGACUCAACCAAUCCAUGUCAUGCUUGGAGGCGGAGAUCAAAUAUACAACGAUGCUGUUAUGGAGGAAACUAGUAUCUUGAGAGACUGGGAUGAAAUGAAGAACGGCCAUCGCAAGGAGAGUAUGCCAUUUUCUUCGGAGCUUCAGAAUGAACUUGAAUCAUUCUACCUCAACCGGUAUUGCAUGUGGUUCUCUCAGGGAUUAUUCGGCCUGGCGGCAUCCCAAAUUCCGAUGGUCAACAUUUUCGACGAUCACGACAUUAUUGAUGGAUAUGGCUCUUAUCCAGAUGGUCUCAUGCGUUCACCAAUCAUGUCUGGUCUCGGAGCGAUAGCCUUCAAAUACUAUAUGCUGUUUCAACACCAAAGUAGUAUUGAUGAAGGUGAGGAAUCUGAACCGAGUUGGAUUUUAGGCGUUGAACCGGGUCACUAUAUCGGCGAACUAAGCCGAAGCAUAUUCACGAGUCUUGGUGGGGGUAUUGAUUUCCUCGGCUUAGACUGUCGCACAGAAAGAAUGAACGAUGAAAUUGUCAGCGCAGAAACCUAUCAUAAGGUGUUCGAUCGGCUUGAAAAAGAUAUCAUUUAUGGCAAAACCAAACAUCUUAUUGUGCUGGUUGGUGUACCUGUUGCUUAUCCGAGAAUGGUCUGGCUUGAAAAUAUCCUUACUUCAAGAGCUAUUGAGCCAAUCAAAGCCCUUGGGAGAACUGGACUUCUGGGCAAGAAGCUUCUUAACCAUCUGGACGGCGGUGUUGAGAUCUUAGAUGACCUCGAUGAUCACUGGACUGCAAGACACCACAAAGAAGAACGAAAUUGGUUUAUCCAAGAAUUGCAAGACUUGGCCGCCGAGAAAUCUGUUCGGGUCACCAUUCUCGGUGGUGACGUUCAUCUCGGUGCAAUUGGUCAAUUCUAUUCUAACCCCAAACAUGACAUUCCCAAGGAUCACGAUCAUCGCUACAUGCCUAAUGUUAUAUCCUCGGCCAUUGUCAAUACGCCCCCUCCAGAUAGAAUUACCGAUAUACUUAAUAGACGAAACAAGGUUCAUCAUCUAGAUGCAGAUACUGAUGAAGAUAUGAUCCCAAUAUUUACCCACGAUACGAACGGGAAGCCAAGAAAUAACAAGCGUCUGUUGAAUCGAAGGAAUUGGUGUUCGAUCAAGCUGUAUAAUCCAGAGUUGUCUCCGCCUCCUACACCUGAAACUAGUAGGAGUCCUGGCCCGCCGCCGCGGAAAAUGAGCCUUCUGCGCCGCUUGUCCGGUUCUCGUGGCCCAGGCUAUCGUCCAGAUGCGUCUACACCACCACUUUCGAACGCACCACCUCUUUCAAGUGCUGGGUUUUUCAACAGACGUCCAUCCACCUCCCAUCGAGCUUCUAUGGAUUCCCAACGCCCUGGAGUCUUGACGAGGACGUUGUCCUUAACACGAAAGGAUUUCACUCCUGGUAAUCUCUUCCGGAAGAGUAGCAAACGAAGGCAAGACAGUGGCGGUAUCAAUGGCUAUGAAGACGAUACCGAGGACGAUGAUUCACAAUACCAACAGUCCACCGAAAGACCUCGCAUGAGAGGUGGCAGCGGUGGUCGUGACGACAACUACUUCCCAGAUAUGGACUCGCCUACGGGUCGCGUGCCAGCGCAUCCCGUGGAGCAAGCUUCUACAUCAAUUGCAGGCAAUACACCACACAUCGGCCCGCCACCAAGAAUGCAGUUCCAUCGCACUCCCACGGGACUAUCCGCAAGGCAAAUCAAGCGCCCUAGAAAUCGGCCAGUAAACCUCGAGGGCGGUUUAGACAUAUGUCUCAACAUGGAAGUCAGCCAGAAAGACCCUGCCGGUAUCACCAUGCCGUAUCGUCUCCUUGUUCCAGCGCUAUGGUAUGAAGAGGAAAAUCCAGGGGAGGCGGCUGAGCAGGUGCAGGCCGGGAUGAAGCGGUGGAUGAGCUUCUCGAAGAAAAGGGGGAAGGAUCCGCGUGGGUGA